AUGCACACAAGGAGACUCUCAAAAGUCGAACCAGACAUUAGAGAUGAAAUCGGUAUUCUUUUCAUCGUUGGUGAUCCUCAGAUUGACAUCAAGAAUACUAAACUACGGCAGAUGGAUGUUAAUGCGAGAAGUCUUGUUCCACUAGCAGGUUUGAAGCCUUCUUGGACUGAUUUAGAUAUCAAUCAGCAUGUGAGUCAUGUAAAAUACCUCGACUGGGUUUUUCAGAGCCUUCCUCGCUCGGACGUGGAGAAAAACGAGCUUUCCUCUAUGAUUUUGGAGUUUCGAAGAGAGUGUAGGAUAGGAGACAAUCUGCAGUCUUUUUGUGAAGUUGCUAGAUCAGAUGGAACCUUAAGCCAGUUUACUGAUAAGAAUGGAAUAGAAUUUGAUCACUUGCUUCUUCAUGAAGAUGGUUCAACAAUUUUGAGAGGGAAGACCAUGUGGAAGGCAAGGUGA